AUGAAGAAGGCCGACGAGAAUGCCACCCUCAUGAACGGGGUGGAAACCGCUGCCCCGGCCCGAGACGAGGCGCCGGAAACAUUCCGGGAAUUCCUUUACAACAAGAAGAAUGGAACCGUCUUGGGUAGAACUGCAAAGUCAUGGGUUCAGAUCGUCGUAUUCUACAUCAUCUUUUACGCACUUCUCGCCGCUUUCUGGUUGGCUUGUCUCACCAUCUUCCUUCGAACACUCGACCCGAAAGUGCCAAGAUUCUACGGAAAGGGAACGAUCAUUGGAGUGAAUCCCGGUGUCGGAUAUCAACCAUGGCUAAAAGAGCGACCGGAUUCGACACUGAUUCAGUACAAUCUUCAGGAUCAAUCCACCUACAAAGCAUACGUUGAACAGGUCAAGGGAUAUCUCAGCAAGUACGAUUCGAAUGCGACGGAGACUCGGGAAUGUGGAAGCGGGGAUAGCAAUGAUGAUCUUGAGCAGAAUCCAGACGCCCUUCCAUGCCGUUUCGAUCUCUCAGUUUUCGACAAAGGAUGCAGUGAGAAGAACGAGUACGGAUUCAAGAGCGGCAAACCAUGUGUCAUCAUCUCGUUGAAUCGUCUCAUCGGAUGGCGUCCAACCGAUUUCCCAGCCAACUCUGUCCCAGAAGAGGUCAAGGAACGCUACAAGCCAGGAUCGAUCGCCAUCAACUGCCGUGGAGCCACCAACGUCGAUCAGGAGCACAUUGGAAAAGUCAUUUACAUGCCAUCGAGCGGAAUCGACGGGCGCUAUUAUCCAUACGUUUUCACCAAGGGAUACCAACAACCAAUCGCCAUGGUCAAAUUCGACUCCAUCCCUCGCAACAAGCUCGUCAUUGUCGAAUGCCGUGCGUACGCCCUCAACAUCGAGCACGACAUCUCGUCCCGCCUCGGAAUGGUGUACUUCGAAGUGAUGGUUGAGGACAAGAAGCCGGUGAAGAAGGAGUUGUAG